AAAAGUUAAUAAUUACUAAUCCGCAAUCAAAUACUUAGAGAGCAGACCAAGUGUUAAUAUUAGCCAUUUUUAUUAAAAGCUAUAAAAUAAAAAUCUCUUAGGAUUACCAUGCUUGUCAAAGUCAAAAUUGCCGCUCCAAAGUUAACCUUGACAGGUCUAUUUAUAGAUGACCUACGGUAACAUGAUCAGAAAUCGUGACGUCAGAAAAUCCAAGAUGGCGACUGUAAAGAUGACUGACAUGACUCAAGUUGGAAUUUACUGUUUAUUUGAUUCUGUAACUUGGAAAACACUGCUUGAAUUAAGAGUCUCCUUCAUGUUCUUGGAAUCUGAAAUGCUUGUAUCGAACAAACUACAGCUUUUGGAGGAUGGAAACUGACGACAACGUGCCACAAGAUGGCGCUGUGGCAAGACCAUUCACAAAUACUGUAGCUGCCACAGAGGGAAGUCAGCAACAGGGGAGACAACUCAAUACAUCAACACCAGAUGGCGCUGUGGCUAGACCUUUCACAGAUACUGUAGCUGCCAUUGAGGGAAGUCAGCAGCAGGGGAGACAACUCACUACAACAUCAACACAAGAUGGCUCUGUGGCUAGGCCUUACACAGAUACUGUAGCUGCCACAGAGGGAAGUCAGCAGCAGGGGAGACAACUCACUACAACAUCAACACAAGAUGGCGCUGUGGCUAGACCUUUCACAGAUACUGUAGCUGCCACAGAGGGAAGUCAGCAGCAGGGGAGACAACUCACUACAACAUCAACACAAGAUGGCUCUGUGGCUAGGCCUUACACAGAUACUGUAGCUGCCACAGAGGGAAGUCAGCAACAGGGGAGACAACUCAAUACAUCAACACCAGAUGGCGCUGUGGCUAGACCUUACACAGAAACUGUAGCUGCCACAGAGGGAAAUACUGUAGCUGCCAUUGAGGGAAGUCAGAAGCAGGGGAGACAACUCACUCCAACAUCAACACCAGAUGGCGCUGUGGCUAGACCUUUCACAGAUACUGCAGCUGCCACAGAGGGAAGUCAGCCACAGGGGAUACAACUCACUACAACAUCAACACAAGAUGGCGCUGUGGCCAGACCUUUCACAGAUACUGUAGCUGCCAUUGAGGGAAGUCAGCAGCAGGGGAGACAACUCUCUACAACAUCAACACCAGAUAGCGCUGUGGCUAGACCUUUCACAGAUACUGUAGCUGCCACAGAGGGAAGUCAGCAACAGGGGAGACACCUCAAUACAUCAACACAAGAUGGCGCUGUGGCUAGACCUUUCACAGAUACUGUAGCUGCCACAGAGGGAAGUCAGCAACAGGGGAGACAACUCAAUACAUCAACACCAGAUGGCGCUGUGGCUAGACCUUUCACAGAUACUGUAGCUGCCACAGAGGGAAGUCAGCAGCAGGUGGCACAGUCCAUUUCCACAACAACCCACAACUACUUUGGUUCUACAGUUUCACAUUACGACCUGUCCAACUCCUCUAACGUGGCAAUGGAGGAUGGCAGACAUCAAGGCUGUAUAUCUCAAGAGUGUCUCAGUGUUAGGAUCAACCAGCUCAGUGAUAUGUUUGUGGAAACCCAUGCUCUUGACAAAGCAAAAGAACUUCUGAAAAGGCACAACCACGUGGCCAUCUGCGGAGCCCCUGGAGACGGGAAAACUAGUGCUGCUCUCAGGAUCUGUGAAGCGUAUAUGAAGAAAAAGUAUCAAGUAUUGUUUGUUGAAAGUAUUGAAGAGUUUGACGGUGAUGUCGUCAUUAAGCGGAAGUGUGACAUGCUGCUUGUGUUUGACGAUGUCUUUGGCUCUGUUGCAUUUCCAAGCAGCUUGGAGAAGAUACACAAAAAUUUUAAUGCCUUGGUUGAUGUUUUACUGCGCUUUACAAGAGACAAGGAACUGAAAGCCAAGGAAAAACAACCCCAGAAGAAAAUUAACGAAAGAAGGAAGAAGGAAGAUGAGAAGCAAUGUGAAGAUGAAAAGACACCAGUGUGUAACUACAAGCUUCGCUUUAUAUUCACAUCCAGAAGCUACAACUGGAAUGAAGGAUGUGCACGACUGCAUCAGUUCAAAGUAAAUCUGUUUAAGCCGGAAGCCAUUGUUGAUAUGAUCAAGACUUGUUUAACCACAGAAGAAAAGAAACAUAUUCUGACAUUGUUCAGGAAAUGCCAAAUGUGCGAUAUCUCCAAUAAGGACAUGAAAACCAUUACUCAGUUACAAGACAGCAGGUUUGGCUUUCCUCUGAUCUGUAAACUGUACUGUACAAACCCAGCCUUCCCGAUGUACAACAUAAUUGACUUCUUUCAGAAACCUGUGACCUACUUGAGAGGGGACCUUGACGCCAUUGUCCGUGAAGGCAGCAGCAGGUCGGCAGCUCUCGUUCUCCUUGUUCUGUGUGGAGGGAAAUUGAACCUUGCCUCUUUUAAGGGGAAGGAGAAGAGUCUUGCUGAUCUGUUUCAGGCUGUAAAGGAGGAUGUCGCGUCUUGCACUCGGACAGACAUUGGCAGGGAGAUCAGCAACUUUACUGGCACCUACUGUACAGUGGAGAAUCAUGUAGCCUCCUUCUCUCAUCCAUCCAUCUAUGAUGCUGCAGCAUGUGCCUUGGGGAAUCUCAAUGAAGAAUUGUUACUGGAACAUUGUUCCCUGCAGUUUUUAUAUGAAAGAGUGAGGCUGAACAAGGAUGAUCACCAGCAGACAACAUACACCGAUGAUGUCACAAACAUGAUCUACAUCACCUCAAGUCUCCACCCGUUAUUGAUCAGCAGAUUGGUGGAGGGUAUCCGAGAAGGAUGUUUCAGAUGGACAGUAGGUCACCCUGUAUUCAGCAGUGCUCAAAUAGUCUGCGACUUCUUGACACAGAUGAUGGCAGACUUGCCAGAUGUUGUUCACAGGAAGGAUAAGAGCUCAGGUGAAUGUUUUCUGUAUUGGGUUUCACUGUCAACUAACCAUUCACUGUUAGAACGCUCAGUGUCACUGAUGUGUAGAGAGGGAAGCCUUUCACAUUCUGUACUCGCUGACUUCUAUGAGAGUAUCAUAAUCUGUACACAACAUGGCAAUCUCAGGCACCUGCAACACAUUGCUGCUGUACUCAAACAACGUGUGAAAUACGAUGUAGACAGGAGGACAAAGGGGGAGAAGACUCCGCUGAUGAUUGCUGCUGAAGCAGGACAGUUGGGUGUGUUCAACUUCCUCCUCCAAGAGGGAGCUGAUGUUUCAGCGACAGACAAAGAUCGUUACAACUGUCUUCAUCUUUCAUGUAAAUCAGGAAGCAAAGAUAUAGUAAAUGUUAUCAUUGAGAAGUUUCAACACCUCAUCAAUGGCCUCGAUGGUAAGGGAAACACCCCUGUUAUGGUGUGUGCUGAGUCACAGCAGGUUGAAAUCCUCAAGUUCCUUGUUUCACAAAAAGCCGAUCUUACUUUCGGUUAUUAUUUCAAUGUGAACGCUUUCCACAUAGCAUGUAUCAAGGGCCAUGUAUCGGUUGUAGAGUAUCUGCUGACAUGUGAACACAUAACCAUAGACAUGCGAGAUAGGUUGAGGGAUCAAACAGCAGUCAUGAUGGCAGCUAAAGGAGGACACUGUGAUGUUUAUAACCUUCUUGUGUUGGAGGGAGCUGAUCUGUCACUUACUGCUUUACACAACAGGGACUGCCUGAUGUUGGCAUGUCAUGGAGGUAAUGUGUCUAUAGUGGAACACCUCCUGUCCUUGAAAACAUUUGACAUCAACAGACGAGAGGGGUCACAGAAACAAACAGCAGUCAUGAUGGCAGCUGAAAAAGGACACUAUGAAGUUUAUAAUCUUCUUGUGUUGGAGGGAGCUGAUCUGUCACUAAUUGAUCGAUACAACAUGGGCUGCCUGAUGUUGGCAUGUGAGGGAGGUAACGUGUCUAUAGUGAAACACCUCCUGUCCUUGAAAACAUUUGACAUCAACAGACGAGGGGGUGUUUUCAAAGAAACAGCAGUCAUGAUGGCAGCUGAAAAAGGACACUAUGAAGUUUAUAAUCUUCUUGUGUUGGAGGGAGCUGAUCUGUCACUAAUUGAUGGAUACAACAGGGGCUGCCUGAUGUUGGCAUGUAAUGGAGGUAACGUGUAUAUAGUGAAACACCUCCUGUCCUUGAAAACAUUUGACAUCAACAGAAGAGGGUGGGGGAAACAAACAGCAGUCAUGAUGGCAGCUGAAAGAAGACACUCUGAUGUUUUUGAUCUUCUUGUGUUGGAGGGAGCUGAUCUGUCACUUACUGAUGAAGACAACAGGGACUGCCUGAUGUUGGCAUGUAAUGGAGGUAACGAGUCUAUAGUGAAACACCUCCUGUCCUUGAAAACAUUUGAUAUCAACAGACGAGGGGUGUGGUCUAAACAAACAGCAGUCAUGAUGGCAGCUGAAAGAGGACACUGUGAUGUUUAUAAUCUUCUUGUGUUGGAGGGAGCUGAUCUGUCACUUACUGAUGAAGACAACAUGGACUGCCUGAUGUUGGCAUGUAAGAGAGGUAACGUGUCUAUGGUGAAACACCUCCUGUCCUUGGAAACAUUUGACAUCAACAGACAAGGGGGGUGGUCUAAACAAACAGCAGUUAUGAGGGCAGUUGAAAGAGGACACUGUGAUGUUUAUAAUCUUCUUGUGUUGGAGGGAGCUGAUCUGUCACUUACUGAUGAAGACAACAUGGACUGCCUGAUGUUGGCAUGUAAGAGAGGUAACGUGUCUAUGGUGAAACACCUCCUGUCCUUGGAAACAUUUGACAUCAACAGACAAGGGGGGUGGUCUAAACAAACAGCAGUUAUGAGGGCAGUUGAAAGAAGACACUCUGAUGUUUAUAAUCUUCUUGUGUUGGAGGGAGCUGAUCUGUCACUUACUGAUAAAGACAACAUGGACUGCCUGAUGGUGGCAUGUGAGGAAGGUAACGUCUCUAUAGUGAAACACCUCCUGUCCUUGGAAACAUUUGACAUCAACAGACGAGGGUGGGGGAAACAAACAGCAGUCAUGAUGGCAGCUAAAAGAGGACGCUAUGAUGUUUAUAAUCUUCUUCUGUUGGAGGGAGCUGAUCUGUCACUUACUGAUGGAUACAACAUGGACUGCCUGAUGUUGGCAUGUGAGGAAGGUAACGUCUCUAUAGUGAAACACCUCCUGUCCUUGAAAACAUUUGAUAUUAACAGACGAGAGGGGUCACGGAAACAAACAGCAGUCAUGAUGGCAGCUAAAAGGGGAUGCUAUGAUGUUUAUAAUCUUCUUGUGUUUGAGGGAGCUGAUCUGUCACUUACUGAUGAAGACAACAGGGACUGCCUGAUGUUGGCAUGUGAUGGAGGUAACGUCUCUAUAGUGAAACACCUCCUGUCCUUGAAAACAUUUGAUAUCAACAGACGAGGGGGGUUGUCUAAACAAACAGCAGUCAUGAUGGCAGCUGAAAGAGGACACUGUGAUGUUUAUAAUCUUCUUGUGUUGGAGGGAGCUGAUCUGUCACUUACUGAUGAAGACAACAGGGACUGCCUGAUGUUGGCAUGUGAGGGAGGUUACGUGUCUAUAGUGAAACACCUCCUGUCCUUGGAAACAUGUGACAUCAACGGACGAGGGUGGUUGUCUAAACAAACUGCAGUUAUGAGGGCAGCUGAAAGAGGAGAGUAUGAUUUUUAUAAACUUCUUUUGAAGAAGGGAGCUGAUCUGUCACUUACUGAUGAAGACAACAUGGACUGCCUGAUGUUGGCAUGUAAGAGAGGUAACGUGUUUAUAGUGAAACACCUCCUGUCCUUGAAAACAUUUGACGUCAACAGAAGAGGGUGGGGGAAACAAACAGCAGUCAUGAUGGCAGGUAAAGGAGGACACUCCGAUGUUUAUAAUCUUCUUGUGUUGGAGGGAGCUGAUCUGUCACUUACUGAUGAAGACAACAGGGACUGCCUGAUGUUGGCAUGUGAGGGAGGUAACGAGUCUAUAGUGAAACACCUCCUGUCCUUGAAAACAUUUGAUAUCAACAGACGAGGGCUGUGGUCUAAACAAACAGCAGUCAUGAUGGCAGCUAAUAGAGGAUGCUAUGAUGUUUAUAAUCUUCUUGUGUUGGAGGGAGCUGAUCUGUCACUUACUGAUGAAGACAACAGGGACUGCCUGAUGUUGGCAUGUGAUGGAGGUAACGUGUCUAUAGUGAAACACCUCCUGUCCUUGGAAACAUUUGACAUCAACAGACGAGGGUGGUUGUCUAAACAAACAGCAGUUAUGAGGGCAGCUGAAAGAGGAGAGUAUGAUUUUUAUAAACUUCUUGUGAAGAAGGGAGCUGAUCUGUCACUUACUGAUGAAGACAACAUGGACUGCCUGAUGUUGGCAUGUAAGAGAGGUAACGUGUUUAUAGUGAAACACCUCCUGUCCUUGAAAACAUUUGACAUCAACAGACGAGUGGGGUGGUCUAAACAAACAGCAGUUAUGAUUGCAGCUGAAAGAAGACACUCUGAUGUUUUUGAUCUUCUUGUGUUGGGGGGAGCUGAUCUGUCACUUACUGAUAACGACAACAGGGACUGCCUGAUGUUGGCAUGUGAGGGAGGUAACGUGUCUAUAGUGAAACACCUCCUGUCCUUGAAAACAUUUGACAUCAACAGACGAGGGGGGUUGUCUAAACAAACAGCAGUUAUGAUGGCAGCUGAAAGAGGACGCUAUGAUGUUUAUAAUCUUCUUGUGUUGGGGGGAGCUGAUCUGUCACUUACUGAUAUACACAACAGGGACUGCCUGAUGUUGGCAUGUGAGGGAGGUAACGUGUCUAUAGUGAAACACCUCCUGUCCUUGAAAACAUUUGACAUCAACAGACGAGGGGGGUGGUCUAAACAAACAGCAGUUAUGAUGGCAGCUGAAAGAAGACGCUAUGAUGUUUAUAAUCUUCUUGUGAAGAAGGGAGCUGAUCUGUCACUUACUGAUGAAGACAACCAUCAUUGUGGACUUAUGAGGGAAGCUAUGAUGUUUAUAAUCGUCUUGUGUUGGAGGGAGCUGAUCUGUCACUUACUGAUGGAUACAACAUGGACUGCCUGAUGUUGGCAUGUGAGGAAGGUAACGUCUCUAUAGUGAAACACCUCCUGUCCUUGAAAACAUUUGACAUCAACAGACGAGGGUGGUUGACUAAACAAACAGCAGUUAUGAUGGCAGCUGAAAGAGGACGCUAUGAUGUUUAUAAUCUUCUUGUGUUGGAGGGAGCUGAUCUGUCACUUACUGAUGAAGACAACAGGGACUGCCUGAUGUUGGCAUGUGAUGGAGGUAACGUGUCUAUAGUGAAACACCUCCUGUCCUUGAAAACAUUUGAUAUCAACAGACGAGGGGUGCGGUCUAAACAAACAGCAGUCAUGAUGGCAGCUGAAAGAGGACACUGUGAUGUUUAUAAUCUUCUUGUGUUGGAGGGAGCUGAUCUGUCACUUACUGAUGAAGACAACAAUGAUUGUGGACAUAUGAGGGAAGCUAUGAUGUUUAUAAUCUUCUUGUGUUGGAGGGAGCUGAUCUGUCACUUACUGAUGAAGACAACAGGGACUGCCUGAUGAUGGCAUGUGAGGGAGGUAACGUCUCUAUAGUGAAACACCUCCUGUCCUUGAAAACAUUUGAUAUUAACAGACGAGAGGGGUCACGGAAACAAACAGCAGUCAUGAUGGCAGCUGAAAGAGGACGCUAUGAUGUUUAUAAUCUUCUUGUGUUGGAGGGAGCUGAUCUGUCACUUACUGAUGAAGACAACAGGGACUGCCUAAUGUUGGCAUGUGAUGGAGGUAACGUGUCUAUAGUGAAACACCUCCUGUCCUUGAAAACAUUUGAUAUUAACAGACGAGAGGGGUCACGGAAACAAACAGCAGUCAUGAUGGCAGCUGAAAGAGGACGCUAUGAUGUUUAUAAUCUUCUUGUGUUGGAGGGAGCUGAUCUGUCACUUACUGAUGAAGACAACAGGGACUGCCUGAUGUUGGCAUGUGAUGGAGGUAACGUGUCUAUAGUGAAACACCUCCUGUCCUUGAAAACAUUUGAUAUCAACAGACGAGGGGUGCGGUCCAAACAAACAGCAGUCAUGAUGGCAGCUGAAAGAGGACACUGUGAUGUUUAUAAUCUUCUUGUGUUGGAGGGAGCUGAUCUGUCACUUACUGAUGAAGACAACAUGGACUGCCUGAUGUUGGCAUGUGAGGGAGGUUACGUGUCUAUAGUGAAACACCUCCUGUCCUUAGAAACAUUUGACAUCAACGGACGAGGGUGGUUGUCUAAACAAACAGCAGUUAUGAGGGCAGCUGAAAGAGGAGAGUAUGAUUUUUAUAAACUUCUUGUGAAGAAGGGAGCUGAUCUGUCACUUACUGAUGAAGACAACAUGGACUGCCUGAUGUUGGCAUGUAAGAGAGGUAACGUGUUUAUAGUGGAACACCUCCUGUCCUUGAAAACAUUUGACAUCAACAGACGAGUGGGGUGGUCUAAACAAACAGCAGUUAUGAUUGCAGCUGAAAGAAGACACUCUGAUGUUUUUGAUCUUCUUGUGUUGGGGGGAGCUGAUCUGUCACUUACUGAUAACGACAACAGGGACUGCCUGAUGUUGGCAUGUGAGGGAGGUAACGUGUCUAUAGUGAAACACCUCCUGUCCUUGAAAACAUUUGACAUCAACAGACGAGGGGGGUGGUCUAAACAAACAGCAGUUAUGAUGGCAGCUGAAAGAGGACGCUAUGAUGUUUAUAAUCUUCUUGUGUUGGGGGGAGCUGAUCUGUCACUUACUGAUAUACACAACAUGGACUGCCUGAUGUUGGCAUGUGAUGGAGGUAACGUGUCUAUAGUGAAACACCUCCUGUCCUUGAAAACAUUUGACAUCAACAGACGAGGGGGGUGGUCUAAACAAACAGCAGUUAUGAUGGCAG